CUCUCGUCUUCUUCGCCUUUCUGCUCCGUCCCAGUCCCAGAGAUUCCGCGUCCGUGCUUGCCGAUGGAGGGAGAUCAGGGGAAGGGAGGCGACGGCGCUGGCUCUGGCUCUGGCUCUGGCUCGUCGAAGCAGACAGCACCGUCCAAGAUCGACUCGCCGUCUCUGUUUGCAGAUGUGACCGAGGAGGAGGAGGAGAAAGAGGAGGAGACCGCGCUGGGGCUGCUCGGCGACAAGGGCAAGCGGGCGGCGGCGGCGGCCGGCGGAUCCGGCUCGGCGGCUGGAGCCGACGACACGAGGGGCGAUGCCAAGAGGGCACGCACCGACGUGCCACCUCCGGCUGCUGAUGUCCAUGUGGUACCAGCAGACGUGGCGCUCAACAUCCCCCCGGCUGCUGGCCCCGUGGUGCUUCGUGGUGGUGGUGCGCCGAACCCUCCUCAUCCUCUGCCCGCUGAGCCGGAUCUGGCCGAGCAGGCGGCAGCUGCUGCCAUGAAUGUAUUCAUGAACGCCCUCCAGCCCGCGUCAGAUGUACUGAAAAGUGCCCAUGACCCUGAUCCACAUCUGAAACCGACCUUGACCAGGGCCCAGCUUGGCUAUCUGGUGGAUAAUCCCAUCAUGCUUACUAAUGCUGCACUCUCGGCGCUGGAAAGGGGUGUCCAGCCCAUUACGACUGUGGUGCCACCCCCACCCCAGCCGGUGGCUCCAGGGAUGCCUCCGCCUCCACUAUGCCUCAGGUGCGGCCUGGCUGAUGCGACCACUGCAUUCUUCUCGUCAACCCACAAGUGUGUGUGUGACCCAUGCCAUGAGGCGGUAUUGCUCAACCCUGUCUGGGAGGCGUGCACAAUUUGUUUCAGUGAAACUAUCAAUCGGAUAGUCAACAUUCAGUAAAGAAAUCGGAGGAGUGGAGUGAAGACUGAGAUGGAAAGGCUGUCAAGCUAGAGUGUCGGCAAGGGCCUAGAAGGGAUCUCAUCUCACAUUGUCACAUCCGUGCUGGAUACUAUCAUUUAUGAGACAAUUUAUGUUUGAGACUAUUCAUGUAACCUUAAUAUUUUCUCUGGAUAUUAUUAUGUGAGGUUACUAAUGCGUCAA